ACACCAAGAAAAACAUGUCUGGGAAAGAAGGACCGCAACUUUCGGAACAGAAAUCCGUGCAAAUUCCUAGUAUAAAAUGCGUGCAGGAUAUCAAGGAUUUAAAUUCGAAACAACUGACUAUUCUUGGGAAAAAAAUGAAAGUUGACUUGUCUAGGGUUGAAUAUCGGCAUGAAAAAUUAGAGUGGCUGAUCGAGAUCUGGCUAAAAAAUCGAAAAAUGGGGAUCUCAGUGAAGGAUGUCAAUGCGCAUGAUUUUACAAGGGCCUUUGCUGCCUUUUUAAAGAAGUCUGGUAAAAUGAAGGUACCAGAAUGGACUGACUUUAUCAAGACUGGUACAUUCAAGGAACUGUCACCUUAUGAUGUUGACUGGUAUUUCAUCAGAGCUGCAUCUAUCUGCAGACACUUGUACAUCAGAUCACCUGCUGGAGUUGGUGCUUUUGAGACCAUCUACGGAGGUCGCCAAAGACGUGGAACUGCCCCAAGUCAUUUCUGCAAGGCCACAGGUUCCAUCUCGAGACGUCUCCUGCAGAGUCUGGAGAACCUCAAAAUUGUGGAGAAGGACCCUAAUGGUGGCCGCAGGCUGACCUCACAGGGCAGACGUGACCUUGACAGAAUCGCCGCCCAGAUCAAGUCUAAGAAAUCAAGUUAAAUGUGAUCUGUAAAUAAAUAAAGAAAAAAACAUUGAACAGAA